AUGGCGGCGGCGGCGGCGGGGCGCGGGCUGCUGGCGGCCGGGCUGUUCCGCGGGCGGGUCGCCAUCGUCACCGGCGGCGGCACCGGCAUCGGCAAGGCCAUCGCCGCCGACCUGCUGGCGCUAGGUUGCAGUGUUGUGAUUGCCUCUCGUAAAUUUGACCGAUUAAAAGCUGCUGCAGAAGAACUGAAUAAUAGGUUUGCUUCCAUGAGUCCUGCCAAAGUGACUCCCAUAGAGUGCAAUAUCCGCAAAGAAGAAGAGGUAGAAGCUUUGGUGAAGUCUACACUGUCUCUGCAUGGGAAGAUUGACUUCCUGGUGAAUAAUGGAGGGGGCCAGUUUGCAAGUCCUUCUGAAGCCAUCCGUGCAAAAGGCUGGAAUGCUGUGAUAGACACAAAUCUGACAGGAACCUUCUAUUGCUGCAAAGCGGUGUACAAUGCCUGGAUGCAGGAACAUGGAGGAGCCAUUGUCAGCAUUACUGCUGCCGUGAGAAGUGGCUUUCCUGGAAUGUCGCACACAGGAGCUGCAAGAGCUGCAGUGAAUAACCUAACCAAGACUCUGGCUUUAGAAUGGGCUCACAGUGGAGUGAGAAUCAACAGCGUUGCUCCUGGACUGGUAUUUUCAGAAACUGCUGUUGCAAACUAUGGAGAACAAGGUGUAAUGAUGUGGUUAAGGAGCAUACCAAAGGUUCCUGCCAAGAGGUCGGCUGUUCCUGAGGAGAUCUCUCCUGCAGUAUGUUUCCUGCUGUCUCCAGCUGCAUCAUUCAUUACUGGGAUAACCAUGGUCGUGGAUGGUGGCCAGAGUUUGUACAGCCAUACCCUAGAAAUACCCGAUCAUGACAGAUGGCCCUCACCACCGGAAGGAAAAAAUUCUGAAAUGCUGAAAAAGCUUCUUUCUGGCGAGUUCAAGCCAAAGCUGUAAAAGAAAGAGAUUUUACCUUGUUCCCAGUUGCACACUUGCUGAUAAUCUCGUGUUGUGAUCUGGCCUUAUUAUUCUCAGUAAUAAUUUUUUUUUGCUCAUAUGUAACUACAUUAAGUGCCUUGAUUUUUGUUGUUUUAUAUUUAAAACUUCUGAAAGGCUUUGCAUUGUACAUUUCUUCUCUGAAAACACUCACCCUGAAAACAUUCAGUCUUUUGGGAAGGAAAAAUAUAUAAAAGAUAAAUUUUCCAUUUGCAUGAUCAUUAAGUAAUGAAGAAUCCCAGCCAGAAGUGAAUAAAAAGAAUACUUACUUUACAGUGAAGGUAGCCAAGAGGGAAUGUUUUGGAAUCCUUCUAUUCUUGAUGAUUUGAGGGAGAAGGUAAUUUAAAUCUUUUAGCAUUAGUUGCAUCAGUUACACUCGGGGUAAGUGUUAGCUCUACACUGUUUCUGUUCAGCCACACACUGAGUGUUCAACAAUGGUUUUAAAGACCAAGUAAGUAUUUCUCUGAAAAUAAUUAAAAAUAAGAUGGAAUACUGUUACUAAUGUUUCAAACUAAUAUGGCAUAUUGGGAAGGUUUUGAAUUGUUUGCAGAUAUAAUGACAUAAUGGAGUUAAGCUGGCUGCAACUUAAAUUUGAUAACAGAUUAAGCAGAUAAUCAAUACUGGAAAACAGUAUAGAUUCAACAAUUUAACAUGCAAAAUCUGUGGUGUAUAUUGCAGUGCUCUCUGCAGUAUGCUGUACUAGUAAAGGAGAAAUUUGCAAUUCUUCAUUUGCCAGUUAAAACACCAUCUAUCCAUACUGUGUUGUCUUGCAAUGUUAACAGAAUUUUGUUCAUGACUGUCUUUAGGUGUGGUUUUUGUGAACAAUGCAGAGAUGCCAUUUAAAAACCAGAAAAUUUGUAAUACAUCACUUGAAGAGGCUGUAUUUGUAAAUUUUUUAUUCCCUUUAAGGGAAAUGUUCCCAUGUCUGCUAACUUUAGAGAAAAUGUAAAAAAUAAGCAAUGACUGUGUUUGUUUGCUGUAAAAACUGGAAUUCCUGGAAUCAAGUUGCUGCUAUAAAGGGAACUUUUAAUACUUCA